CCAAGGUGCUCUGGAGCACAAAGGACGCUGCUCGUCUGCCGCCUGACUGGCCAUGAUGAAUCCGAUUCGUGCAGGCGCGAGAGCGUAUCACAAGGACGGGCGACGCGGGAGGAAGCGUGCCCCGGCAAUAGAAUACACGAUGGAUGGCGGGAAAGACGACGAGACGAUUCCGCGGGAUUCGAAGGAUUCGAAGGCCGCUGGGGACAUCGAGGCGGCUUGCCGGGGAAGAGUAAAGGGGGUCCUGGAGGAAAACCCGCGCCCGAUGACGACCGCAGCUGCUGGCGGAAUCGUGAUCCGAUUGUUCAAUCACAUGAGAUCAAUGAUCCGGACGAUCAACGGUGUUCGACGCUAUGAUUUCUCCGUGCAAGCGCACGCUGGCUCGGGCCAUCAGGCACGGUUAUGAGCCAUGUGAUUUGGCACGGCGCAGCCCAUCAGGCGC